GGGAACUGAAGUGUCGCGAGGUUUGGAGCUCCGGCGGAAGACGUACCUGGCGUGGGGGUCCUGCACACUGCUGCCAAGGUACCUCAUGGAGUCUAGGGCAUGUGGUUCCCCAGAGCCUGAUGCUGUUGCAGCUUAUUCCGAGCCAGUGCCGGCAUCAGGAACAGCUGUAUCAUCAGUGAAGAAAAAUAUCCAUGUUCUCGUGGGAGUCACUGGGAGUGUGGCUGCCUUAAAGCUGCCUCUUCUGGUUGCUGGCCUUUUAGAGAUUCCAGGGUUGGAAGUGGCAGUGGUGACCACGGAGAGAGCAAAACAUUUCUACAAGCCUUGUGAUGUUCCUGUGAGGGUCUAUAGUGACACUGAUGAGUGGGAGAUGUGGAAGUGCCGCUCUGACCCUGUCCUGCACAUUGACCUUCGGAGAUGGGCAGACCUCAUGGUAAUCGCCCCUCUUGAUGCUAACACGAUGGGAAAGGUGGCCAGUGGCAUCUGUGACAACUUGUUGACCUGCAUUGUCCGGGCCUGGGACCGGGCAAAGCCCCUUCUCUUCUGCCCAGCCAUGAACACUGCUAUGUGGGAGCAUCCCAUCACGGCCCAGCAUGUGGAACAGCUGAAGGGCUUUGGCUACACCGAAGUCCCCUGUGUGGUUAAGAAACUCGUGUGUGGAGAUGAAGGUUUGGGGGCCAUGGCUGAAGUCAAGACGAUUUUGGGGAAAGUGAAAGAAAUCCUUUCGGAGCGGGACUUGCUACACUAGAAUUGAUCCAAGAAAUGGUUCAUGUACCAGUCUGUGCUCUGCCAGUUUUCCAGGGAGAAGAAGCCAUAACACUGACAAAGUCUCUGCUGGAGCAGUCUGGUCUUGGGGCCAGUCCAGAGUAUUUGUGCCCUUCCCAGAAGCAAAUUGGCCACACAGGACAGAGGAGGGAUCUGGUGCCAUUUGGCUUUCUCUUGGGGCUCCUGUGGGAGUGCAGAUGGUAGUCUUCUCCAGCUGCCUUCCUCCAGCACUGCCUCAGAUAGUGGUUUGAAUUGUUUUCCUGGAAUGUGGGGAAGCUGGUGUUCAUCACAGUUCCAUAUACAUUGGAGGGUUGGGAAAUUGUGAUAAGGAAUUCUGAAUUCUGUGUGUCAUGUAAGACUGGCUUUAGACUCAUCCUUGUCUAGAGAUCCACAGGCCAGCUGAACCCCUGCUGUUUGGUUGAUGUCUUGGUUCACAGCCUAAGGGUGCAGACCCCUUCUGAGAUCAGAGAACUCGCUGUUUCUGUUCUCAUCUUGUAAGCUCCUUGAAGCCAGAAAUUGUGCCUUGUCCUUCCUUAUAGCCCCACAGUACCCAGCACGGUGCCUCAACAUAACAGGCAUUCAGUAAAUGUUUGUGAACUAUUAAACUGGAAUGUGAAACAUCAUCCAUUCCUUCCUUGUAAAGUGUGUCUACGUGUAGAAGCAUCACUUUGAAAGUCUGCAGAUGUGGCCCUGCCUGCUGAACUCUGGCCUAAGGAAGGGCUUGGGUUGGCUAGGCAGACGUUCUUAAUGCCUAGGAUAAUGGCCCUCACAAGUAAACGCUUCUUAUAUUUC